AUGAACAUAUUCCAAAGGGUCGAUUGCUAUUUUCUUGCUUCCUUUCCAAUUAUAAUUUACUAAUUAGUCCUAGAAGUAAUUGAAUAUCAAGUGAUUGAACCAAAGACACUUGGCUUUUAAGUUUCUUCAGCUUCAAUCAUCUUUAUAUUCUAGUUUUAUAGUUUUUUCUAAUAAAAUGAUGUAACUUCGGUUGCAGAAUAAGUUAUCAUCAAGUAAUUAUUGGAAAAUAGUUAUAUAAAGAUUUUCACAAAAAAUUUAGAAGAUUUAACACCCAAUAUAUUAUUAAGUCAGAACACUUCGGCUUAAACCAUUUUCACCACUCGAAAUAAAUUCGAAAACUAGGAAUUAAUUCCGAAUUCAGUGAACAAGGAACUUAAAAUUAAAAGUUUUCUAAAUAGCGACAUCCAAUUAGAGGAAUCAGCUGACUCAGAAAUAGAGAGUCCAAAUAAAUACCAAACCUUCAAAAACCUGAGGGAUUUUAUCAUUAGUUUUGUUUCAAAUUAGUAAACUUAAAAUACAGAUAAUUUAAUUGUAGCUUCUGAAAUUGACAUAGAUUCUGGUAAGAAACAAAAGUUCAAGGUUAUUAUCAAUACAGAAAUUCAAAGGUACUACAUAAUAGCCUUUAUCAAAAUCGAUUCUGCUAUUGUAAGAAAAUAACGUAAUUCAAUAGCAAAAUUCAAAACAAGAUUGGCCAAUAAUUUUACUCAUAAGUUAAAAACUUCUCUUAAUUCAACACUAGCAUAUUUAUCAAAUGCUACUAAUGAUAGAAAUGUAGAUAAGCAUGUCUUAUAAUCUUAUAUCCAUCCCUCAUACAUUCAUUCAAAAAUAUAGUUAUAUUAAGUAUAAGAUUUACUCGAUUAUCUCAAUAAAGAUUAAGAUUAAAUUGGAUUGCAAGUAACCAAAUUUAACCUUCAGUAAUCUCUAAGUUAAAUAUAUGAAUUUAUCGAGUAUUAAUGCAAAGUUAAAAAUAUUACUGUUAAAUUUUUGAUAAAUGGAAAUGAUUGGAAAUUGCAAGAAAAUUAAUUUUAUCUUUAUUCAGAUUGUCAAAAAUUUGAAAGGGUUUUAUUCAAUUUAAUCAACAAUUCAUACAGAUUUGCUCCUUUAAAUGGAGAAUUAACAAUUGAUCUAGUCUAUGAUUCUGCAAAUAAUAAGUUACAUGUAAAAAUCAAUGACAGCGGAGAAGGAAUACCAGAAGAUUAACUCAAUUUAAUAAAUACUCAUGCAUAAUUAUAAAAUAAGUUUAAUGUUACUAAUAAAUAUGUAUCUGCUAAAAAUAAGUCUAAAUUUGGAUUAACUUUGCAGAUCACGAAUAAAUUAAUAUAUAUGUUGAGUGAUUCAAACUGUUCCUUGUAAGUCAAAAAUGAUAAACAAUAAGGAGGAUGUAGUUUUGAAAUGAAUAGUAUACUCGAAAAAGAGUCUAAACAAUCGUCAAUCAGGUAACAAAAUAAAAUAAACCGUUCUUCUAAAUCCUCUUCUUAAAGAUCAAUUUUGACUAGGAAUCAAUUCUUUGAUCCAAUAGAAGAUGAACCAAAGCCUCUAAAGCCUAGAUUGUCGAGAACCUAUUAAAUUCACGAGUCACGAUAUUAGAAUAAUCAAAUAAAGAGGCCAACUCUAUCCGGCAUACGGGAUCUGUAAUUAUCUCAUGUACUUGAUCCGAUCAAUUUAAAUGGAACCCCAAAUCAUCAGGACAAUCGUUUCAUAUUGAUAGUGGAUGAUGAACCCUUUAAUCAUAACACAUUAACUCUAAUGCUUCAAAAAUUGGGUCACAAAUAAUUCCUAUAUAGUUUUAAUGGAUAGGAGUGUAUUGAUAAGGUUAAGCAAAAUCCCUUGGGCAUAAAGACUAUUUUUAUGGAUUUAGAUAUGCCAAUUAUGGGUGGAUUGCAAGCUACUUAAAUACUGAUUAAGAUGAUGACUGAGGGGAAAAUAGACUAUAUACCAAUUAUAGGUUGUACUGCUCAUGACGAUUUUGAGACACAAAUAAAAUGUCUGAAGAUUGGGAUGGCUCACGUGGUGACUAAGCCUGUUUUUAUAAAGAGCUUACAGGAGGCUUAUCGAUAGAUUAGAGAAGAACAAAUAAUCUAAGAACAUCGUAGUGUUUAAAUUUCAAAUUCAUUAGAUAAAUAUUGA